AUGAGAAGUAGCGAAGGAUGGAGUUUGUUUUUGAAAACAAAAGACAAAACGGAGCUACUUUCUAAAGGAAGAAAGAGGAGGACAACAUUUGUCAUCGCAGUAGUGGUACUAGUAGCAGUGGUCAUAGCUGCAGUAUUGUACUUCCUCAAGCCAACAACUCCACCUUCUGUUAAAGCUUCCUAUGUCACAUCGAUGAGGCCUAUCUCUUUGGAAUCACUCAUCAAGGGAGAAUAUUCCCCUAAAAGAUUCAAUGGAUCCUGGGUAUCAGACUCAGAAAUAUUAUAUCGGAACCUCAACGGAAUAAUGUUAUUCAAUGCAAGAACAAAGACAAAUAAACUUUUGCUUGAAGGUGACCAUGAGAUUGUAAAGCAGUCAUUCCAGUAUGAAUUAUCAGCUGAUCAUAGAUAUCUGAUGUUAGCACAUUCAUAUCAGAAGACCACAUUUAUGAAUUUCAGAAAAGGAUGGUCAGUAACGGAUAUGAAUGGUGCUCGCAUUCCUCUCCAAUUGGUUAAAUGGGCUCCAACUGGAAAUUCUUAUAUAUAUGUUUAUAUGAAUGAUAUCUAUUUGAGACCAUCAGCAAGGGAACAAACUCUGCAGGAGUACCGGCUUACCAGUACUGGCCGUCCUGGCACUAUCUAUAAUGGGGUUCCUGAUUGGGUUUAUGAAGAGGAAAUACUCAGUUCCAACAGUGCCCUAUGGUUUUCUCCUGAUGGAAAACAUUUAGCAUUUGCGACUUUCAAUGAUUCAAGGACACCUGUAAUGAAUAUUCCUUAUUAUGGUGUACCUGGAGACCUGAGAUUUCAGUACACUCAAGCUGUCAACAUCAGAUACCCAAAGCCUGGCAGACCAAAUCCAACUGUUACACUAAGUGUUAUAGACCUUACCCAAGUACAGCAAACUCCUAUACUACAACUUGAUCUUCCACCACGAGCUGAGCUUAGGGAACCUGUUCUUGGACAGGUUAAAUGGGCAGCACCAGGGCAGUUAGUUGCAGUUUGGAUGAAUAGAAUUCAAAAUGAGAUGGAUAUUAUUACAUGUUUUAUGGAAAACACAAAAUGCCACCAGAUCCUGACUUAUCAAGAAGAAAGUGGUUGGAUUACAUUACCUGAACUGUUAGUAUCUCCAGAUGCCAAAAUGUUAGGAGUUAUACUUCCACAAACUCAAAGUGAAAAAAAUGUUGGUAAAUUUAGACAUCUUGCAACCAUUGACAUUUCAGGAAGAGGUGAACCAAAACCUCUAACUUCUGGAAAGUAUACAGUAACAGAUCUUCUUGCUUGGGAUGAAAAACACAUAUAUUUCUUGGCAACACCCCCUGGAAAACCGAGUGAGCUGACUCUAAACAGAGUGAAAGCCGAUGGUGGACCAACUGAAUGCAUGAGUUGUAAAAAUAAUAUUCCAAAUUGCCUAUAUUCUGGUGCUGAAUUUUCAUUGAGGAAUCAUUCUUAUUAUAUGGAAACAUGUGCUGGACCUGUGGUACCUGAAAUAAAUCUUUAUCAUAAAGAUGGCCAAAGAAUAUUAACAUGGGAAGAGAAUGACAAGCUAAAAAGAAGGUUGGAAGAAGUGACCCUUCCUGAAAGUGAAGAAAUGGUCAUAGAGAUAAAUGGAGGACAUCAGGUUCAUGUACAACUCUUCAAACCUCCUGGCAUGGAUACUUCUGGUGAAAUUAAAUAUCCUUUGCUUGUGCAAGUAUAUGGAGGUCCUGAUUCAAAUGUAGUAAGCCAGCGAUUUAAUUUGGAAUGGUACAGUUCCCUUAUAGUAAACGACAGUAUUGUCUAUGCUAGAAUUGAUGGUCGAGGCUCAGGGCUGAAAGGAGACAAAACCUUAUUUUCAAUCUACAGGCAUUUGGGGACUGUAGAAAUAUUUGAUCAAAUUAAUAUAACAAGUCAUUUACUAUCAACAAAAAAAUACCUUGAUAAAGAUAGAACUGCAAUUUGGGGAUGGAGUUAUGGUGGAUAUGCAGCUGGAAUGGCUCUUGCUCAAGACAAAGAUGUUUUUAAAUGUGGUAUUUCUGUUGCUCCAGUUACUGAUUGGUUAUUAUACGACACUCUCUACACUGAAAGAUUCAUGGGCCUACCCACACCAGAAGAUAACUAUGUGGGAUAUGAACAGGCUUCUUUGAACAGCAAAGUUGACAACCUUCGAAAUAAAAAAUAUUUCCUUAUUCAUGGAACUCUAGACGAUAAUGUCCACUACCAACAGUCAAUGAUGUUGGCAAAAGCAUUAGAGAUGAAAGACAUUCUAGCUAUCCUGACGAAGCUCAUGGCCUUAGUGAUGUAAGGCCGCACCUUUAUCACACAUUACAACAUUUUCUUCAACAGUGUUUCAGUAAAAAGUAACAUCAUUCAGCAUAUACAUACAUAUAUAUUGAUAUAUGUGCAUGUGUAAUUAUCUGUAUAUAUUUUGUGAUAAGUCACGAUGCCUGUAUAUUAUUUUGAAUUGUAAAAUUUAGUGUAAAUGUUUUGUAUAAUGUGCUAAUAUUUUGUAUAUUUGUUUUGUUUUUUAAUUUGUUGUUAUUCCAUUAUUUGAUAUACUUGUUUUUGUUAUUUUUACUUUUUUAAAUAAUACAUAUUUCAUAAUAUGUAUAAAUUAAAAAUAUUGUGAAGAUCUAUUCUUUAUUCCAGAGUAGAUUCAAUUGAUGAAAUUUAAAUUGUACCUAGUACUUAUAUAUUUGUUAAUUAAGCUUGUAUAUUUGUACAUAUCAUUUGAGAAAGAUGCAAUUAAUAUAAUUUCAUCUAUGAUAUUAAAUAAACUGACUUUUUAGCAGAAAUUUAAAACUUAUGUUUAAGAGAGUUUAACAUCUAUUUUAUUUUAGAGAUCUGAUGUCUACUUUUUUAUUUUAAAUUUGUUGCUUAUGUUUACAAGUAUACAAUAUUCUAGAAGAAGUAAUAAAAAAUAUUUCCAUUUUUUGUGUUUAUAAUAUAUUCAAAAAACCUCAUAACAAAGCUGUUUUUUUUUGUUUUUUUCUCAAACAAAAACUAAAGAUUGUUAAACCAAGUAGUCAAUACUAUGCAUAGUUUCAAGUGAGGUAAGUAUGAGGAGCAGUUAAAAGGAGUAUGAUAUUGAAAUUGAAAGAUUAGCCAAUAAUUACCAACGAUUUGGCAGACCCAUAGUUAAUUUUUUCCUCUUCCCUUUCUUGUCUUGCGGGCUCAAAAGUUGAAAUGGGCAAUACCCAAUCUAUUCUUCCAAGCGUAAAUAACUACAUUGAACCAGGAAACAUUUUUC